CAAAGCAAACAGCUGCCGGUGAAGUUUAGCAGAGCGUCCUCUGCAUCUGAAUGAAAAAAAUGAAGCCAAAACACACGCCUAAGAAGAUAGGGAAAAGAGAGGAAGAUGAACCCCACAUUUCACACAGACAUGCAGACAGAUAUUCUCAAUCAUCUUGGAGUGCUGGAAUCAGAAGGGACCCACCCAUGUCCAUGAACCUUGCUCAAGCAGUGCAGGCGUUGUCAAGCCAUGUGACUCCAAGGUGGAAUCCAAAGGCCAUGGCAUCUCAACCAAAAAGCACCAAACCUGUUCAGAGAAGACAAAAUGUGCCGCUCCAGAAAAACUGUUUCAGGCCGGCGAGCACACCACGUAUCACUGAGGACCCACCGAGACAGCCUGCACGUGGUCAGAUACCCCUCAGACCAGACUUAGCCCAAAUCAAAUACUUUAUGAAACAGGAUGUUGUCUGUAGUCCAGUUACACCCACAACACCCAGGAAAGUGACACCAGGGCCAUCCGCGGGACCAUCCACAUCGAACAUGGGGCCACACGGCAGAACAGUGGGGCCUUCGAGCACCAACGCUGAGAGUCCGUCGGUGGCACACUCUGUGAGGUCUCUGCAGCUCUGUAGCUCCUCCAGCUCAGACUCUUCCCCCUCUCCUCCAUCUGACACGUUGCCGUACCGUCGCAUUGUCACCACUUCCCGUACCCGGCACUACAGGAACCAACUGGAGAGGUACAAGACCCUGCGGGGUGAGAAGAGACUACAGUACCACAAGAUCAGGCUGCAGCAGCUGUGCCAGACGAGCAGAGACUCUGCUGGUGAAGAGCCACCUGCAGAAGGAGCCCAAGCAGAUGGACCCUCAGGGAAUCAGCAGGGCUGCCCUGAGGAAGUGAGUGCGACAUGUCGGACAGUCAAGAGGAAAUGGCGUCAAUGUUCUGAUCGAGCCCUUACUAAAGAUAGCGGUGUCCUUUGUAAGACACCAUCAUGCCGAUCCUGGAGUCGAAAGCUAGAGAGCAACAGUACAAGCAGCUCUGAGUCCUCCUCUCCUGCACCUUUGAUGGUCACCCCUGGUCCUACCAUUGUCCCUGGGCCUACUACAAUCACAACCACUGCCACUGCGAUGGCCACUACCACUGCUGCGACAGCCACAGCUGUGCCAGACCCCCUGCAGACCUCUGCUACACCUGGGUCCUUGGGAGCCUCACACAACUUUGACAUAGACCUGUUUCUGGGAGACACCGGUUCUCCACGAUCAAAGGCCGUACGACGCAAGGGCACACACGGUGAAGGAGGAGGUCAAACUCCCGGCAUCUCCUCCAGCCAUGCUAGACCAAACGAGGUGAAGGCCAGAAAUGCUCAAGGAGACGUCAGUGAUUCACCAUCAUCAGCGAAGACCACACCACGUAAACAUGUGCAUUUUCAAGACCAGAGUCGGUCCCCUGGCACACCCAGCUCUAUGAAAUCGGCAUGUGUUGGGGAUUUUGGAGAAGCCUUAACAAGCGGCACACCAUACAAGCCCGUGCAAAACAAAAGAGUUCAGAGCCCUGCCAACAAAGCCAAGGGUUCCGUGGUAAAGACGGAAAGGAAUCAUGUUAAUUCACCCCUUGUGAAAGCUCUCCUCCCCUCCACUCCAUGCACUUCCUCCAUUGGUGGGACUAAGUUGGCCAGCAAUGUAGAAGCUCCAGCUUGGAACAUUGUUGUAAAACCUAAAAGCUCCUGUAGCAGCACCAGCAGUGGUUCAAAUCAGUUGGAGAUCGACACAAAAAGGCCACAGGGCGCGGGAGCAAAGCAGCACAACGCUAUCAAAAGAACGGCACGAACAGAGCCAAAACCUAAAUCGGCAAAGGCAAAACAAAAUCCCCUACCUGACACUCCCAGACCAAAGAUGGUCAAAAGUUCAGCCCUGAUCCCAAGGAGCCGUGUUCCUCCUCUUCAAGUCUGUGAAUCACCAUCCACCCCGCGCUCUGUUUCCUCUAGCAGUCAUCCUGAAAAGACACAAACUCCUGCAAAGAAAAAAGAGAAGGAAAAGACCUGUUUGCCCAGCGCCCUCAAAAAUACCUCCACCGAGGGAUCUGGUUCAGCGAAGAAGCCCAGAGUUAAGCAGCCUAAGUCCUCUUCCGCAAACAACCCUUCUAAGGGUGGACGUGGGAAAAGCAAGGCCUCAGGUGAAUCGGCGCUCGAGUGCGGAGUCAUGCAGGCUGCUGCUAGUGAUGAGAGGAAGUCAAACGUCGAGCAAACACAUUUAGCGGCGAAUGGGGACGAGUCACAGGCCACAGGCGGAGUUUCCACAAGCUCCGCUCAGCAGGGAGGAUCUUCCUCCUCCUCCUCCCCCUCCCCAAGAGUUGGCCACGCGCCAGAAAAGAAGAGGAGGAAGAAGGAAGAGCCUUGGAGCAAAAAGAAGUAUCUGCUUGAGAAGCUUGCCACGGCUGAGGCAAUGUCAGCAGAGCAAAGCCCUUCACAGGCUCCCGGCACAGGCUCAGCAGCCCAGCUCGUUACGCAGGAAAUCACUUCUGAGGCCGAGCUCCCCCCACUUCAUGCAGACGACGGUACAUCCACGGCCCCCUCAGGCGACACCACUGCCUGCCAAAUCCAAAUUGUGUCACGCCCUGAACCGAGUCCUUCUACGCUUAGUGAAACCGAGGCAGUUUCCUCUACCAGUUCCAUCUUGAACCACCAGGCCGCCAAGCCUGGAGAGAGCUGUGGUGCCUCCAAUGGGAAUGUGAAGAGUUGUGACACUGGUGAACUGACCAAAGGGUCAGAGACAGAGCCAAAGAGCUGUAACUCGAGCAGUCCCCAGAGACCACACCCACCCAGUGUCACCCAUUCAACAACUACCAACAGCAGUUGGAGCAGCAGCAGCCCACAAAGCAAGAUGUCUGACCCACCCAACGCCAUGGUAGCUGAGCUGGAUGGGGAGGUAAAAGAGCCUGAAUAUUGCCAGCCCUCUACAUCAGCGCCCCCACAAAGCUCCACGUCCUCUGCUGGUACAUUAGUGAGGACCUCAGAGGAGCUUCUGAACCCUACUGAGCAGCCUUUGAAUGGAGCCGCCGGAGGGGGCCCUGGAUCUAGUUGUGAUGCCAUGGCCCGUGGCACUGACAAACGUGUGCCGAUAGCGAUACUGCUGAAAACGAUGAGGGAUAGGGGCGACUCUGCUCUGCCGAGUACCUCUGGUGGCUCACACGGAGCCCCUGUGGAGCUUCCACUGACCCCAGACCCAGACCUAGGGAACGAGACAGCGGGAUGCAGCAUGGCUUUUGUUCCAGGGGCGUGGCGUGGCAUUGAGAUCCCCGACCCCUCAUCUUGCCAUGCCCGCACUGUCCUCACAGACACACUGCGCAACCUGAUCGUCACGAAGACGAUAAAGGGUGUUUUCUCUCUACUGGGCAUGCGGACGACUUCACCCAACCCCAUCCCCACUCCCGCGGCCACCAGCGUUGCCCCAUGCCAACAACCACAGCAGCAGCAUCAGCAGCAUGCACAUCAGCAACAGUAUCUGUACCUGCAACAGCAGCAUCCUCCAUAUCCACAUCCAUAUCUUCAUCAGCAUCCGCAUCCCCAGCAUCAGUACCAUCAGUACCGUCAGCCGACACAGCAGACCGCACUGCUCCAACACCCCACGCCUACCAGGCACGCCAGCCAGACACAGACACCGCUAUCUCAGAUCUACUGUUAUGCUCGCACGCCCACGCCCAGGCCCAGGCUCGAAGCCCUUCUCCCCGGAUCCAGACCCCCUCCGACACAGGUGUUUUCCCCACACUUGGGCCUACUCUCAUCAACCCCACCCCCACGUGCUCCACCACCACCACCACCACUACCGCAUCGCCCAACUGAGCGGAUAACAGAUGAAAGAGACCAGACUGCUGUAAUUGAUUUGACUCAGAUGCCCGACAAAGAAGAUGGAAAUCUAUAGAAUUACUGUCUGUGUGUAUAUGAGGUAAAACAUGAAGAAAAACAACUGAUGGCCUGCCAUGGCUGCAGAGGACUUAACACCAUAAUUCCUAUGUCUCACACAUUGGACGUACGCAUGAUAAAUAUGUACUCAUUAUAUAAUAAUUACUAUAGCAUUAUAACAAAACAUAUUAUCAAGCACCACUGUACAUUUUCAGCACCACUGCCAAUUGCCCACAUGGUGGCAGUAUUGUGUUAGCUUUAAAGAUAAACUAUACCGAUAAACAAUCUUUGAUAUGUAAAAUUCUUACAUUUACCUUGAGGACUUUUGAGAAAAUGUCAGAAGAGUAAAUGAAAAUGCUAAUGAUGAAA